ACAACUUUCGGUAGACGACCAUUCAAACUCAAGUUGCGUUUCAUUGAGUUGAGUUGAAAUUGUCGCUACUUAGUGAAAAUUUCGAGACAGAAUUUUUGAUACUCUCAGUGUAAAUUGUGUUACCAGCGAUGUCUCACUAUGUUGCCAAUAUUCGGCAGUUUCACGGCUGUUCAGAAUUCGCUCGUUUUCGGUUUCAGCGAGUCUACGGCUACGCGUUCCUCAUUUGCUACUGUGGACGACGAUGGACUUCGGAGUACGGCUGGUUGACGCUUGACAUGCACGCGUUACGUGUACACAGACUGUGGAAACAGAAAUGCCGGUAUUGUCGUCUCGAGUGUUUUCCUCAAUUUCAGGAGAACGAAUUUUACCGGAUGGUUUGGCUUGUUAUCAAGCGAUUCUACAGAAGGAAUACAGCGUUACCGAGUGCACGCAAUAGGUCUAGAUUGGGUCACGACUGUGUGAACUGUGAACGGUGUGGCUACGGACGUGGAACGCCGUGCUACAACUCCAGCUACACGGAGAUACCAUUUGAGGACGACUGGUGUGACGACGUCGAUGUAGUUACGUUGUCUGACUACUCUACUAGCCAGCAGUGCUACGAUGACUGUUACUGCUACGAUGAUUGUUACUGCUACGAAAGAAAUUGAAAACUUCCCCGUACAAUUCCAUUAAUUCGAUUGGGACUUUUUGUUGACAUCAUGAACGCCAUCGUUCGUAGUGAAUGUGGCUUGCAACGUUUUACUCCCGUACACGACAGACAUCGAUUCCGAUUUCAGAAAGUCUACGGCUACUCAACUUUCUACUCCGAUUGCGGAAGACGUUGGAAAUCAGAGUAUGGAUGGAUGACACUAGACAUGCACAAGCAACGUGUAGACAGACUUUGGAAGCAGAAAUGUCAGCGGUGCUACGACGAGUGCAUUCCACAGUACGACGACGAAGAGAUAAAGAAUAUGGUCAGUCUCGUUAUUAAGAGGUUUCGGAGAAACCGUAGUGACGACAGGCCAUACGUGCAUCGCCAACACAGAGCAUCUCACGAUAGCAAUAACUGUGAACUGUGCGACUACGGACGUGGGACUCCUUGUUACGUAGCUCCAACUGCUUACACUGACGAUGAAGAAGAAGACGACGACGACGAUGAGGAGGAUUACGAAGACAAUGAAACAGAAGAAGAGGACGAAGACGAAGAAACGGAGGAAGAGGACGACGAUGAAGAGGACGACGAUGAACAGAACGACGAUGAACAGGACUACGAUGAAGAGGACGACGAUGAGGACGAAGUAGACGAGUACGGGUUUCGGUCUCAUUCAUGUGCCUACUACACGUAUUCCGACAACGAAAAUGAAGACGACGACUACGAUGAUUACUAUGGCAAUGGAUACUAAAACAACGAACACGAACAAUUAACUGUUCCAGGACCUACAACCCUAGAUUUUGACUCAACUAGCUACCAUAUAUUUCUUUCAUCCUAGAGACAAGUACACAGAUAAACUAUAAUGUCAUAGAUUACUCAAGGAAACUCCCAUUGGUGUGUAGAUACAGUGAUACUGCGUUCAAGGCAAUUGCGACCUCCUAUGACAUGAUAUGAACAAGCCAGUAGUGGAUUUAGAGUCUGAAACAGUGUCACAGGGCUAGGUGACAAUGCUGCUGGUGCCCCUUUUCAGACCAACAACAACGUCACAGUUUCAAAAUCUACUCUGCUGUAAUUCUGACUGCUAUGCCACAAAUCAGCAAAAAAAGAAAGCUCGUAAACAAUUUCAAGAGCCAGAAAAACAAACUACAAACUUGCAUGAAUUCAGUUUGUACUGGCAUCACAUUGUUAGCAUUAGAAUAAUUGUCUCAAAAAAAAACAUUGACAUUUGCUAAGCAGAUUGUGCCU